AUGGAGCUUCUCAGUCCCUUCUCUCUCCUCUUCACCUUUGCCUCCAUAUUGUUCUUCAUUCAGAGGCUUUCAAAUCCCCAAAAGUCCCUCAAAAACUUGCCACCUGGACCAUGGAAGCUGCCUCUUCUUGGCAACAUUCACCAAUUUGUUGGGGCUCUUCCCCAUCAAACUCUGAGAAACUUGGCUAACCAAUUUGGACCAUUGAUGCACCUGCAACUUGGUCAAAAAUCACACAUAAUAGUCUCUUCAGCAGAUAUUGCCAAAGAGGUUUUGAAAACUCAUGAUGCCAUCUUUGCCAACAGGCCUCAUCUUAUUGCUUCAAAAUUCUUUGUUUAUGAUAGCAGCGACAUAGCCUUUUCUCCUUAUGGAAAAACUUGGAGACAACUUAAAAAGAUUUGCGUUUCAGAGUUGCUACAUGCAAAGCAUGUUCAAUCACUGAGGAUCGAUUUUGAACCUCAGCAAGGAAAUUGA